GAUCUGCCAUGGCCUCGCUCCAGUCCUUUCUCGCCGUCAAACCGGCCGCCGGCUGGGCCGCUCCGUCCCGCCGCGCGCGCGUCGCGGCCUUCCUCGCUCCGCCGCCCCCGACCACCGCGGCCGCCGUGGGGGCGGCGCGGCGGGAGCUGUCGGCCGCGAGCCUGGCCGUCGUGGACGGCGAGGCGCGGUACCUCGUCGGCACCUACAAGCGGUCCCGCGUCGUCUUCGAGCACGGCCGCGGGUGCAAGCUCUACGAUACCGACGGCCGCGAGUACCUCGACAUGGCCGCCGGCAUCGCCGUCACGGCGCUCGGCCACGCGGACCCAGACGUGUGCGCCACCAUCGCGGAGCAGGCCGGUAAGGUCGUCCACGUCAGCAACGUCUUCUACACCAAACCCCAGGUGGAGCUAGCCAAGCGGCUCGUUGAGGUGUCGUUCGCGGACCGCGCCUUCUUCGCCAGCACUGGCACGGAGGCCAACGAGGCGGCCAUCAAAUUCUCCCGCAAGUUCCAGCGGGCCGCACACCCGGAGAGCGGCGACCCGCCCACGGAGUUCCUGGCGUUCAGCAGCAGCUUCCACGGCCGGACCAUGGGCGCCGUCGCGCUCACCAGCAAGUCGCAGUACCGGGAGCCCUUCGCGCCCGUCAUGCCUGGGGUGACCUUCGUGGAUUACGGCGAUCUGGAGGCGGCCAAGAAGUUCGUACGGUCCGGCAGGGUCGCUGCUGUCUUCGUCGAGCCCGUGCAGGGUGAGGGUGGCAUUCACAGUGCCACCAGGGAGUUCUUGCAGGGGCUGCGGGACGCCUGUGACGAGGCGGGAGCCCUCUUGGUCUUUGAUGAGGUGCAGUGUGGUUUCGGGCGCACAGGCCACCUCUGGGCGCAUGAGGCGUACGGAGUGGAACCAGACAUAAUGACCUUAGCGAAGCCACUGGCCAACGGCAUUCCCAUCGGCGUUGUCCUGGUGAAGGAGAAGAUCGCCGCAGCCAUAAACUACGGCGACCACGGCACGACGUUUGGCGGCGGGCCUCUCGCCUGCCAGACCGCGAUAACGGUGUUCGACAAGAUCACGAGACCCGGUUUCCUGGCCGAGGUGUCGAGGAAAGGGGAGAGCUUCAAGCAGCUGCUCCGCGCCAAGCUGAGCGGGAACCCGCACGUGAGGGAGGUCCGCGGGGUCGGCCUUCUCGUCGGCGUCGAGCUGGACGUGCCAGCUGGUCCUCUGGUCGACGCGUGCUUGGACGCCGGCGUCGUCGUGCUGACUGCCGGUAAGGGCAAUGUGGUGAGGCUGGUGCCGCCGCUCAUCGUCUCGGAGAAGGAGCUGGAGCAUGCCGCGGAUGUCAUAAGGGACUGUCUACCGGCGCUCGAUGUCGUUGCUGCUGCCUAAUGUAUAUGGUGGUGCAAUAGGUCCGGAUAUGAAACCUGAUUCCAAAUUUUGGAAUCGAAUAAAUUUCAUGUCGGGCCAAUGUUGUUGUGUUCAUUGAAACAAACUCUUUUUUUUUUUGGAAUCGAAUAAUUAUUACAUGUCAGACCGAUGCUAGCUGUUCCGAGAGCAAAGUGGUUUUA